AAAAAAUAAACCGAACGUACUCGACCCUGACUGCGCGUCUAUUGGUACCAAAGUAUAUGUAAACUAGAGCUAGUGUUUGCAAACGUCACUGGUGGUGCUACUGAAUACCGAUGCCCUUUCUGUUGGAAAGACGUCGUUUGAAUUAAUACACAUCAUAUCAGAGAAAUGUGUCGGUGCUGCUGGACUCGCCCAGAUUGGGCGGAGCUGUUCUGUACAAGCUAAAGCAGACAGUAUCACUACCAUAACACAGGCAGAGCAACGGUAACAUUACAUCGGCUAUUAAUAACCGAGCUCUGAAAGACACUGUUCUUUUUGAAAACGCACUUUUUUGGAUAUAAUGCUUUCAACACAUGCAGUUUUAUAACUAAAAUAAACGAAGUUCGCUACUUAGUACUUUGGAUUGGAACAGAAGGGAGACGGGGAAAAAGCGCCCUAAGUGCGGGUAGGACUUAAGAAACGUUUUCGGGCUGUUUCACAGACUCCAUGGCCUACACACUGAGCCCUGCCCCAGGGGGGCCUCUCGGGACCACGUGCUGUGUGACCAAGGUGGAGCUCUCCGUGAGCGGGCAGAAUCUACUCGACAGAGACGUCACCUCCAAGUCAGACCCCUUCUGCGUUUUGUUUCUGGAAGUUAACGGAAAGUGGAAAGAGAUCAGCAGGACAGAAACAGCUAUAAAUAACCUGAACCCUGUUUUUGGGGUGAAGUUUGUGAUCGACUAUCACUUUGAGGAAAUACAGAAGCUGAAGUUCAUCUUGUUUGACCAGGACAAGCCAAGCUUGCAGCUGUAUGAACAUGACUUUCUGGGCGAAUUCACCUGCAAUUUAGGAGUGAUAGUUUCCAGCAAGAAACUGACAAGACCGCUGGUGCUGGGAAACGGAAAGCCUGCUGGAAAGGGAACGAUAACGAUAGCUGCCCAAGAAUUAUCAGAUAACAGAAUAAUAUCACUGAGCAUGGCAGGCAGAAAGCUAGAUAAGAAGGAUUUCUUCGGGAAAUCAGAUCCAUAUUUAGAAUUUCACAAGCAAGGGGAUGAUGGGAAGUGGAUGCUGGUGCACAGAACAGAGGUUAUAAAGAACACGCUGGAUCCCGUGUGGAAACCUUUCAGCAUGCCUCUGAUUUCACUGUGUGGCGGAGAUGUGGACAAAACCAUAAAGAUAAUGUGCUAUGAUUAUGACAACGAUGGAGGCCACGACUUUAUCGGGGAGUUUACGACGACGGUGUCAAAGAUGUGUGAAGCGCAGAACACAGCAGAGAUAGAGUUUGAAUGCAUUAACCCAAAGAAACAAAAGAAGAAAAAGAGCUAUAAAAAUUCUGGAAUUAUCAUUCUGAAAUCAUGUAAGAUUGCAAGAGACUACUCCUUUUUGGAUUACAUUCUUGGUGGCUGUCAACUAAUGUUUACUGUUGGCAUCGACUUCACAGCGUCCAAUGGAAACCCACGGGAUCCUUCCUCGUUACAUCAUAUCAGCCCCAUGGGGACGAACGAGUACCUGGCAGCAAUAUGGGCAGUGGGGCAAAUCAUCCAAGACUACGACACAGACAAAAUGUUUCCUGCGCUGGGGUUCGGUGCCCAGCUCCCCCCAGACUGGAAGGUAUCGCAUGAAUUUGCCAUUAACUUCAAUCCUACAAACCCCUUUUGUUCAGGUGUGGAAGGGAUAGCCCAGGCGUACUCAGCAUGUCUGCCUCAUAUACGGUUUUACGGACCGACAAACUUCUCUCCGAUAAUCAACCACGUUGCCCGCUUUGCGUCUCAGGCAGUGCAACAGGAAGUCGCUGCACAAUAUUUCACCCUGCUGAUCAUCACAGACGGCGUGAUCAGCGAUAUGGAAGAGACGCGCCACGCCAUUGUGCAGGCCUCCAAGCUGCCCAUGUCCGUCAUCAUUGUGGGCGUGGGGAAUGCGGACUUCGCUGCCAUGGAGUUCCUGGACGGAGACAAUCGGAUCCUGAGGUCCUAUACCGGCGAGGAGGCAGCGCGGGACAUUGUACAGUUCGUACCUUUCAGAGAGUUCAGAAACGCACCAAAAGAAACAUUGGCCAAAUCCGUUCUGGCAGAGCUACCCCAGCAGGUUUCUCAGUACUUCAAGCAGAAGAACCUGUCGCCAAGCAGCUCCGACCCCGAAUAGAGACUCAAUCAACUCAUCUUGCAUGUUGCCAAAACCCUAGCACUGUUUACAAAAAAGAAACUGCAUGAAAGUUUUUUUAUUCGCUAUGUCUUAUUUUUAAACUAUCGUCCUGAUCAGAGUCCGAGUCAGAGUCUUUGGAAAAAACUGCGGAACACUAACUGGGAUUUGCGUGGUUGGGGUUGGGGUGGGGUUGGGGCGGGGUGGUAUUGAAUGUACCUGUGAUCUAAUGUUCUGUAAUAUUUUUUAAAUAUUUGAAUGUCAAUAUCUUAAGCAGAGUUAUAUACAUAUGAGCCUGUCUUGGUUAGUGACUUGUUAACUGUGAUAUAAAAAAGCAGUACUUUUGUCAAGUGCUACAUGUUGUCUAUUUUAUACUGUUUACUUAUUGUUAUCUUUGUUAUACUCAGGUUUCAAACCAGUCAAUAAACACACUUUUAACACA